AUGGAUGCCAAUGGCUUCGAUCUGCUUGCUUUCCCAAGCAACGGCGAUGUCCCCUUCGCUGAUGCCGAUGAGAAUAUCGCCUCUAUGCAGCAUGCACUUCAAAAUGGGAUUAAAUACGCCAAUGGGGGUCGUGCACUUAAGCAUCUCGGCGUGCCUUGUAUUACAGUUCCCAUGGGAACUAUGGAGGACAAGGCUAUGCCUGUUGGUAUCACCUUUGCUUCAAAGGCUUGGGCAGACAAUGAUUUACUUCGGUAUGCUUUUGCAUAUGAGAAUGCCUUUAAGCGGCGAACCUUGCCUACCAAGACACCAGAGCUGCCAACUGACCAGAUCCCUUUGAUCAGCAAAGACUUGAUGGGAGCACUGGUUGAAGUCUCUAUCCGAUCGAUCUCAGUUCAAGGCAUACUCACACCAUCUGAUUCGGAUCUGGAUGUACGUUUUACAGCUUUUGUGGAUGGCGUAGCUGCCGAAGACGUUGCAGUCAAGGCUGGGAAGUGGCCAUUCGACCGAAAGCUAACCAUGCCUAAGGUUCACGAGAAGUAUCCUACCCUGGCGACUGUCCCCAAAAACCACUUCAUGUUAACAUUUGUUGUGAAGACCUCCAGCGGAAGAUGCGCCGCAAGGAUGCUUCUGAUCGAGUAG